AUAAUAUAUUCCUGUGUUUUAUUUCCUUUUCUGUGCCUCCUUUUCUUUAAUUUUCAUUGUUGUUUUCUGUAUAUGCAAUUCACUGGUCUCUGCAUGACCGGAUAAACACUGGUUCAUUGCUCUAUAAAUCUGUGGUUGAAUCCAUAUAUAUGCAGAUUCAUAUAUAAGGAUUGAUCUUAGUCAUCAAAUAUUACAAUGAUUUCCAUUUCCAGAGUGUUUUGCCUGUGGGUUGUGUUCUUUCUUGGUUCAAUCUUAUCGUAUGGUGUUUCAGAAGCAAGACAUCAUCGUCCUUCUGCAGUUGUUGUUGGCACUGUCUUCUGCCAUACCUGCUUCCGCCAGAGUUUCUCCGAUGCUAACCGCUUCAUUUCAGGUGCGGUUGUUGCGGUUGAAUGUGGAGGAGAAGGGCGGCAGAGUUUUCGCUCGGAAGUGAAAACGGAUGGUCGGGGAGAAUUUAAGGUGAAUCUUCCGUUUUCUGUUGCUAGGGGUGUGAAGAAAAUCAGGGGAUGUUCUGUUGAGGUGAUUAGCAGCGGCGAGCCGUCAUGUGCGGUGGCGUCCGCGGCGGCGGCUACGUCGUCUAUACGCUUUAAGGAAAUGAAGGAAGGGAGUCUUGUUUUCUCGGCGGGGGUUUUCACUUUCAGGCCUCUUAAACAGCCGGAGGAGCUCUGUAACCAGAAAACUGAAAAAUUGCCGCAGAUUCUAGACCCGCCGGCGUCAAUUCUGCCGCCGAUUCCGGGCGUUCCUGGUGUGCCACAGCUGCCGGUCCCGCCGCUUGGUCCCGGAAUCCCGUUGGUUCCGCCGGUAUCAAAUCUACCGGUUACUCCCAUUCCGGUGAUCCCGCCGAUUGGUCCCGGGAUAAUCCCGUUGAUCCCUCCCGCGGCGCCCCGGAAAGUGAAAGAACAGCAAGUAGUAGAACCUAGUAUUUUCCCGCCAUUUGGCAUUUUGCCGCCAAAUCCAUUACUCCCGCCGCCGUCUUUACUUCCUCCCAACCCGUUUUUCCCGCCGCCGUCCAUAAUCCCUCCGGUCAUCCCUUCCCCGCCGCCGUCCAUCUUCCCGCCGCUCUUCCCUUCCCCGCCGCCUUCAAUAUUCCCGCCGAUUCUCCCAUCGCCUCCCUCGCCGCCGCCUUCAAUAUUCCCGCCGCUUUUCCCGUCGCCGCCCUCUCCGCCGCCUUCAAUAUUCCCUCCAUUAUUCCCACGCCCAAUCUUUCCACCCAUUCCAGGCCUCACUCCCUCUCCUCCCCCUCCGCCGCCGCCGUCUCCGUUCUUCCCAUUCCCUCUCCCUCCGUUCCCAUUCCAACCCUCGCCGGGCACUCCCCCUCCGGAAUUCAUAUCUUCUGCUCAGAAGAAUCCAUAGUUUUUAGUACAAACACUUCUUGCUACAGUACUUACAUACAUAAUACUCCGUAUUAUACUAUUAUAUUACUGUUCUUUUGUCAUUUGUUUAAGGAGUCUCUGUUUUGUAAUUAUACGAUGGUAUUGCCUUGUCUGUUACA